AUGGUUAGUUCUCUUGUGUUCAUUUUGUCUGGUCUAUGUAUUUUUACUGGAUUGUAUACCUUCACUGCUGCAUGUUCCAUUACGAAUGAAUGCAGCAGCACAACGAAAAUCUGUGCAACGACAGGUUCUUGUGAGUGUAAGAGUGGUUUUAGUCGCAGUAAGAACGGAACGUGUGUUAUUAAAGUACUCUCAACUCUCAUUAUUCUGUUGCUUCUGUCACUUUGUCUUUUUUGUCCUUCUUAUCGCAAGAAAGUCAAAUGUCUUUUUUGCAUUCAACGCGAUGAUGAGGGAGAGGAACGUCUUCAAAUGACAAGCCUUAAACACAAGCCAAGUAUAAGACAAAUUUUGGGAGAGUACGAUCAACUUUCACAUAACCGGCCAGCAGCUGACAACACCUGGACUGACGAAGAUUUUAAGAAAUUAGUUCAAAGUUUGCGAGAAGAUGCACCAGUGUUUUUAAAGAUGAUUAAUGAAGUGAAGAAAAAAUUGAAUAUGUUGGAAGAUAAGACUACAAAUCAAGGCGUACAAUACAAAGCUUUAAUACGUGAUCUGUCUCGAGUUCUUCGUCUGCUCAACACCAAACCAAUGAGGCUACAAAUGCCAGUGGAUGGAGUACCAUUAUUGCUUUGGGCUGAAAAUGCUCUGAAACGAUUUGAGAAAUCAGAUUUGCAAAAUCCGAAGAUAACGAAUGAAAUUGGGGAAACAUCUGCAGAGAUGCGAUUGAAAGACGCAGUUUUGUAAACGAAGAAUUUCCAAAUCAGGUUUGAAGAAGGCUCUGAAGUUAAGUCGCAGUUCAGUGAAAAUACUCAGCCUUUGACAGUAUUUAUGAUCAAAAUUUGCUAUGUUUAGUUUAGUUUAUAAUGACUCGGCUAUAAAUGGACUAGAGUUGCACAGAAUUAAACGCCUCCUUAAUCAGGAACAGUUGUCUCAAACCACGCUUACAAACCGGGUAUUUGCCGGGGAUAGUUUUGCUAAAAUUUUACACAUUGAUAUGCCCGGCGGAUGUACGUUAAUGAUAUCUGAAAAGCAUGCAAGCGACUUACGUCAUAAAGGCAUCAUCAGACUUGUUAUUAAGUUGAAGCGUGGUUGAAGUAAAUAAAGUAACAGCAAUAUCCCAAAAGGAAAAGGAAAAAAACAACAUAAGCAAUUACGUCAUUUGACGUCACUACUUAUUAAUCCGGGUGCUUUUAAUAACUGAUUUCCCGGUAUUCAAGAGAGAAUAAUUAUGAUAUAAUAAUCGGAAAGCGUUUUUCCCUCAAAGCAGCUGAUAAUCAAUACGAGUUCUGAAGCUUGUUCUUAAUUAUUAAUGUAACUUUUGACAUUGAUUAAAUAACGUUAGAAAUGAAGAA